CCGGCCCUGGCCGGCCGGGAGAGCGAGGAUGGCGGCGGGAGGCGCGGUCGGGGCCGCCUCACAGCGGCUCCGCUUGGGCGGGUGAGGCGAGCCGGGGCCCGCGUCGCCUCACACCGGCUGCCAUCGCGCUCCCCGCUGCCGGCGAGACCCCGCGCAUCGGCGGCCGCGGAGGUGCCGGUGGCCUUCCUCCAAGUCCUCCUCCUCCUGCCGUCACCCCCACGCCUCGCCCGUCGAGGGUCAGGCCGCCCAGCCCGGCUUGAGGGAGCGAGUUGGGCGGCGAGCGGCUUCCCCGGGGAGGGAAGCGCGAUCAGCCGCUCCCUCCAGACGAUCUCCCUCAAGAGGCACAGGAAUGGCGAGAAAAGCCCAAAUGAGGGGCAGUUGCCUUUUACUCCCCACUUCGCCAAAAUCCCCAUUACAGCAAAGUGUUGCAGAGGGGCUGGGGAGUGCUCUGGCCCGAGUCAAGGCUGCAGGAUCAAAGCCAUUUGGAGAUCGUUAUGAAGGUGACCCAAAAGUGUCAGUUAAGAAAAAGAUCUCUGGCAUCCCACCCUGUGGAUUAGUAGCAAACAGGCAUAUCAUCUAGAUAUUUCCAGAAGGUGCCUCGAGGAAGCUUCCUUACGUAGAAAAACCCUACAAGAAACACAGUGAGCUUUCUGGCAACUUGUGAAGCAAAACUGUCAAAAUGGCAGAAAAUAAGGACAGUAAUAUUAAAAAUGCAGACGUGAGACCCAAAAGCAGCCGGAGCAGAAGCGCGGACAGAAAGGAUGGUUAUGUCUGGAGUGGAAAGAAACUCUCCUGGUCUAAAAAGAGCGAGCACUGUUCUGAUGCGGAAACAGCAAGUGCUGCGGGAAGAUCUGGGACUAAUUUAAAGAACCAAGAGAGGAAAUAUAGCUGCUCCUCUAUCGAGCUGGAUCUAGACCGUUCAUGCGGUCACAGAUUUUUAGGCCGGUCUCUCAAACAGAAGCUGCAAGAUGCUGUGGGUCAGUGCUUUCCUAUAAAGAACUGUAGCAGUCGGCACACCUCAGGACUGCCAUCAAAAAGAAAAAUUCAUAUCAGUGAGUUAAUGCUAGAUAAGUGUCCUUUCCCUCCGCGCUCGGAGCUAGCUUUUCGGUGGCACUUGAUCAAAAGACAUACAGCCCCUAUAAGUCCGAAAGCAGAAGACUGGAUAAUUGCUGAUUUAGCCCAGCACGAGGAAAGGGAGGAUCAGCUGCGAGACAAUGAGAUUGCCAAUGGGGGAACGGACUCUCCCUCUCAGUCCUGUGACUUCACCGACAGCAGUUCCUCUAGGGGCGAUUCGAGGUCUGAGUUGGUUACAGGUAAGGUGGUAAGGAGCGGUAAAGAUGAGAGCGAUAUGGACUCCGACGAUGAAGUUAUAACACUGUGCACAAGUUCUAGAAAAAGAAACAAGCCCAAAUGGGAAACAGAUGAUGAGCUGCUACGGAUGGAAACACCUCCAAAAUACCACACGCAGAUUGAUUACGUCCACUGUCUAGUCCCAGACCUCCUCCAGAUCAAUAACAAUCCCUGCUACUGGGGAGUCAUGGAUAAAUAUGCAGCUGAGGCGCUGCUAGAGGGAAAGCCAGAGGGAACAUUUUUGUUACGAGAUUCUGCGCAAGAAGACUAUUUGUUUUCUGUGAGCUUCAGGCGCUACAGUCGUUCCCUCCAUGCGCGGAUAGAGCAGUGGAAUCACAACUUCAGCUUUGAUGCCCACGACCCUUGUGUCUUCCAUUCUCCUGACAUCACAGGACUCCUUGAGCACUACAAAGAUCCAAGUUCCUGUAUGUUCUUUGAACCGCUUUUAUCCACUCCACUAAACAGGACUUUUCCUUUUUCUCUUCAACAUAUAUGUAGAACGGUUAUUUGCAACUGUACAACCUAUGAUGGUAUUGACGCACUUCCCGUUCCUCCAUCGGUGAAGCUGUAUCUGAAGGAAUAUCAUUAUAAGUCGAAAGUUAGAGUGCUCAGGAUUGAUGUACCAGAGCAGCAAAGCUAGAAAAUAUUUUUGUGAAAGAAUGAAAUUGUCUCUAAACAAACAAAUAGUAUGUUCAGUCUUUAUUCCUUCUAGGGUUGUGUUUUUAAUAACAGUCUGAUUUUUUUUUUCCUUGUCUGCAGGUUAUUUACCACCCAAACUAGCCUCUGUCUAAGGCUUUUUUAUCCAAAUGUACUUUGAGUCUUCCCAGCUCUCUUUUUUAGAAAUUAUAUUCAUUGUGGGCUUUUGGUACUGUUCCCAAACUAGAGUUUUACAGAAUUUCAGGUAGGCUUUCUGGUAUUUCUAUAGAUGGAUAGUCUUUAGAUCUAAAACCCCUAAAAAUCAGUUUUGAACUUGAUCUGUCUUUUAUAUUGUAAUUUACAUAUGUUGCCGACAUGUUUGAAAUAAUGCAGUGUUAACUAAACAUUGACUCAUCUGUAUUUUCUGCAUUUCUUUUAAAAUGAGUGCUCUAGCCUCUGUGUGUGUGUAUGUAUGUCUGUCCAUAUCUAAUAUAGUAAAUUCAUCAGUCUAUUUCUAACAUUACUAUUCCUAGCAAAAUGAAGUUUGAAAGAGGAUACGAUCUUUCUAUAAAUACAUCAGGGGACUAAACACCAGGGAGGGGAAAAACAAUUCAGGUUAAGGACAACACUCUGUACAAACGUAUAAACCGGUGGUGAAAAGAUUUGGAUUGGAAAAGAGGAAGGCUCAUAAUCAUCAGAGCAGCGGGGCUCUGGAACAGCUUUUCAUUUUGUAUAAUAGCAGUAAAAAGCAAACUACUCAUAAACUGGGAUUUGAUCAGUGUCUGGAAGGGAUAAUGAUAUAGUUACUUGUGAUAGAUGGGACUUGGACUUAGUAACUCUAUUUCUAUGUUACUAUUUCAUUAUAUGAAAUACCCAGUUUUCACUAUGGGAGCUGCUGCUUCUGAAAUGAUAAGGCAUGGAGUGGGAGGGUGAGAAAGAAGAAAUUUCCUUAAAAAUCUGCAUAUUAAACUAUCUGAUCUUGCAUGGUCGAUCCUGAGGUGGUAACAAAUAACUUUGUUUGUUUGUUUGUUCUUUUAUUAGGGUUUGGGGUUUUUUUCAUUAGUAUCGUUUUAAAAAAAAUAAAAGAGCCUGCAGAUUUCUCUUGCAAUGUGAAGCAUUUGGUUGAAUGGCCUCCUGCCAAAUUCCACGUACGGGAAAACCAUGCAUGGAUAAUGCUCCUAAAAGCAUUACUUCCAUUACACGGAUAGGCUGAAUUAUUGGUGAAAUCCCAAGGAGACUCAGUGGAUCUGGGUUCAGGCAAGAAACCCUAUUGCUUUCCAGGCUGGCCUUGGGGCGCAGCUCCGGGUGGUGCAGGGGUGACCGGCAGUUCUGUUGUCUUGGCUUCUAUGUGCUUUAUCUCCUCUCGCAAAACUGGGCCCACAACUACUCUGCCAAAAGUCUGUGAGAUGAUGUAAUUGUAACUACAACCACCACACUGUUUUCUCUCAUUUGAUCGCAGGGAGCGUUUGUAUCCUCUUGAAAUGCUUUUGAAACCGAGACCCCAAGCCUGAAGAAUUACAAAUGUGUUUAAUUUCAUGCAUGCAAAAGAUCUUAUCAAAAAUCAGCAAUUACCCGUGUGCCUGAGGUUACGGAUGCGUGCAGGCUAGGAGCAGCGGAGCACAGUGCCGGAGAGUCUCGCUCCUAGAUUGUAGACUAAGACUAAGCAAUAUUUCUAUUUGAAUCUUUUAAUUUCACCUUGUACAGAAUCCUAUGGAUUUGCGGACAUCAGAUCCGUCCUGUGAGCUGGGUAUUUGGGAGUUACCAAGGAGGCUUUGCCAUGCCACUCCACCGGGGACCUGCUACUCUGCCCUUGCCCUCCCCAGCAGAGAACACCCUUUCCACUAAACUGCUGUCACUGUGAUGAUGUAAACAGAUUUCCAGGGACAUCUGCUUAGAGACCAGCCCGUUUGUUUGCACUGUGUUUUAAAUAGGUUUUGAACCAAAGUCUCCAGGGAGAAAAUGCUAACACAUCAAUCUAUCGCAUCACACACAGAUGAAUACGCUACAGGACAAACCCUCAGCUGCUAUAAAUCAGCGUGGCUUUAUUGAUACGCUUAUAACGGCUUAUACCAGCUGAGAUCCUCCCUCCUCCAUAUGCAAAUGAUAAUUGUGUGACUGAUGCCAGAAAAACUAGACUGUUUUUUCUGUCAUCUUUUCCUUGUGCUGCUUCCAUUCAACUGAUGUUGCCGUUUGCAUAAACUAUAUUUUAUCAAGGACAGCUUCAUACUGGUAAAUCUAUCUUCCCCUCUAUCUCACUGCCAUUUUCCAAAUACAAAGUGAGUGAGCAGCGGGCAUCGUCUUUGCUCUGCUCUUUUGCGCUGCACCCGUCGUGGUGGAAUGAUGGCCUGGGACUUGCGUGGCUGCAGUACGAAGUCAUAGAACCUGGUUCAAAAUCUGACUUCAGGGAGCGACAUCAGAGAUAUUUGCAGUCUGCUUGAUGAAAAUUCUCUUUCAGAAACUCUGAAUUAGGGCAAAAAGCUUGUAAUUUUAGAUAGAGAUGAGCAUUAUUAUUAUUUUUAUUGCAACACCACAAAAAACAGAUUUCAACCAGAAGUUGUACUUGCUUUGGCAGUUAGCGAAGGCCACCAUCUCUUUCAAAAUCAGCAAAGACUUUAUCCCCUCAAACUGAAAGGCCGUGAAAGAACAUUUUUGGGGGUCUGGUUCCCCAGUGCGCUGCAUUCUCAGUGUCAUUCUGUAUGUAGCCUACAUUGUUUUGACAUUAGUUGAUGCAUCGCAUACCCCAAAAAAGUCUUAAGCUCCCCAAUUUUAGGAGACCUAUAUAAUAUAGCAGUUAGAGGAAGAAGGUGCGGCACAUGAAAAUAGUGCCUUUGGGCCGGUUAAUGGCAUUUAUUUAGAGAAAUCGUAUGUAGAAGAUAUUGAGGAAUGGGGUUUUGUGAAAGUUCACCCUAUUAUCUCCUGGUUUAUUUGUCCAGAUCAUAUUUGUGUGACGUUUGUACCGAAUGACAUUGAGUUGCAUCUACGUGUGCAGUCUGCGAGAGAAAGAUCCGUUUCAUGAAAUGUGGUUUUUUACAAAACGUGAGAACUCAAGAGGUCUAUUUUACUUAAAUCCAUGUACCUUUUUUAUCUUUUUUUUUUAAUAAGCUUUGUAGAAAUUAACUGCUUUUACAACGUGCCAAGAAUUGUCAUCCUAAAGCUUUCCUCCCGCUGCUGUCAUUUACACCAGUGCUGCUCGCUCCACUAACACUUUAUCCCACCUUGCAUCUGAAGUACGACCCAAAGGUAACCAAGUCCCGAAGUUCAGUUUUGAAACCCUCUAAAAAAUUAACCUCAGAGACAGGGUAAGAACUUCCAUUUUCUAAGCCUAAACUCUUGCAAGAUGAAGAUCCCGAGUUCUUCAGGAUGAAGAUUAAAUGCAGAACAAGGAAAGGUAUGGAGAUGUGCGGAAAAACACGUGCUGAAGACUAUGCAGCAGGUCGGUGGCCGAGCGAGGACAGAAUCCAGAGGUGACCCUGUUUUGGGGCACAACCCCCCAUUUUGGGGCACCCAGCCAGCUUCGUAUCAGGAAUUGUGGUCGGUGUGAUGUGGUUUGUAUUGUUUUGAAGGCAGUUCCGUAGGAGGACAGUAGAAACACAGUGUAUAUAAUGGGUGUGAACAGCUUCUGGUAAGAAAAAAGCUCUGAUUUUGAUCAAUUAUUUUGAUAUAAGGAGGGAAGAAAAGGUCAGGCUUUUGAUGCACGCUGGGCAAACUACAUAUACAAGCUAUUUUUACAGGAUGGUUGAAAAAAAAAUUAAACGCUCUUUCCAUUAA